CCAUGAAGGCGAUGAUUCACUAAUGGAGGGGUUGGCUUAUCCACCAGCUGCAACGCCGCUCUCGAGCCUGCCCCAUCUCACUUGAUGACCUAAUUGGUCAUCUACAGGUCAACUAUGGAACAGGUUUUACCCAUGAGCUCUGCUUUCUUUGAAAUUUAACAUUUAAAAAGAGGUAAAUGUGAGGUGGCACCGCCAUUUCUCUUCCCCCCCCACCACCACGCACUGCACUUCUUUUCACCGAGUCACCUUCGCGUCUUCAGUUCACCUGGCACUUUUGACACGACUUCAGUGUCCCGCACGAGUUCUGCUGAGUCCCGCACGGAUCGCCAUCAGGAUCCAGUCGCACUUUAGGACGCGGAAAAAAACGAAACUUCUGACGGUCCAUCUGGGUGUUUAAAGUUUACGCACAAGAUGAGUAUCAAGUCUGACUCCGAGCCAAACAACAACGUCUCUAUUGAAGAGGAGGUACGAACUCUAUUUGUCAGUGGUCUGCCAACAGAUAUCAAACCCCGUGAGCUCUAUCUGCUGUUUCGACCAUUUAAGGGUUAUGAGGGUUCACUUAUCAAGUUAACAUCAAAGCAGCCUGUUGGUUUUGUAACCUUUGAUAGUCGUUCUGGUGCUGAAGCGGCAAAGAAUGCGUUAAAUGGGGUUCGGUUUGACCCUGAAAACCCGCAGACCCUCCGGUUAGAGUUUGCUAAGGCCAACACGAAGAUGGCAAAGAGUAAGCUGAUGGGCACUCCGAAUCCCACAAAUAUCCACCCAGCUCUAGGAGCGCACUUCAUAGCACGGGACCCAUAUGACUUGACAGGGGCAGCACUGAUCCCAGCAUCUCCAGAGGCCUGGUCUCCUUACCCUAUCUAUACCCCGGAGCUCAGCCCAGGCCUGCCCCACACGGCUUUCACCUACCCAGCAGCAGCCGCACUUCAUGCUCAGAUGCGCUGGUAUCCCUCCACAUCAGACUCAUCCCAGCCUGGAUGGAAAUCACGGCAAUUCUGUUAAAAUAUUUCAGGUUUCUCUCUUCAAAUGGUGUCUUCCAGCUCCUGUUUAACAUCAGUCCAGUUCAUUUGAACUUUGUUUUUGGAUGUAUUAAGUCCUUUGAAUUUAGGCCAUGAAGAGAUGAAAUUUGAGUUUGUAUUGCUCGUUGAGCUUGUAUUGAAAUUAGUGCUGUCAAAUGACUAAUCGUGAUUAAUCGCAUACAAA